GUAGCAGAGCAAGGUCAUCAAGGCACAAGGACAACGGAAGAAGUGAAGCAUUGGGCGGAAUAUAAAGCAAUUGAGCGACAAUUCGGCCUUCGGGUUGGAGUACCGUGUAUGGUCUACCUCGUUACUCCCCACGCGAUUGUCCGACCAGAAACGUAUGACUCUUGUCAUUUCUAGCCCUAUUUGGCGCCAAACAUGCUUCACCUUCAUUCCAUUCACCAAUUCCUGCCUAUUGUUUGCCCAUUGUUCUGCACCUUUGAUGGAUGCUACUCUGCCACACUUCACUUCAAGAUCUAGUACCAGCAUUUUCGAUACAAAGAGUAUUGAAUUUUGCUUGGUACAUAUUUCAACUGGCUGCACGCCCUACAAUUUUUUAUUCUACUGUUUUCCUAUCAAAAACUCUACCAUUGCAUCGCCAGUUGCGCUGGUGAUUGGCAAUUUACUACCGCAAUUAUUGAAUACAUACUUACAUAAUGAACUUUGAAACAGUGAAUACCUGGAAGAUGAGGGCUAAGGCCCAUGCUAUGGGUCGUCGUAAUUCUGGUGGUAGUGCCAGAUUUAAUCCCUUUAGACACAUUUCCUAUGGAACUCCAAAGCGGGCCAAUACGAUGGAUGCUGCAGAGCAAGGAAAGGCACCUCGCGAAGCCGUUCCGGGACAGCUCAACCCCACUACGAGUGCUCCAGGUCGUCUCCUGACACCGAUUCAGCAGUCAGCAAGGAAUAGCAAGGAGCUAGAUGGUAGCCCAGAGCAGACCGAGAUAUACAAUUCUCAGGCGCCGACACUACCAAACGACACCGAUGGCGCUAGUAUACGACAACGUACUACCCAAGAGAUUACUUCCAAACCCCAGACGCCGAACACUAUCAAGGAAGCUGCCGAGGAAGACAAGUCAAAGAAGAGAAGAGACGAAGGUGGCUUUUUCAAGCAUAUCGAGCCAACCACUCCUUUCACCGUCCGCAAUCAGAUCCAGAGAGUAUUCUUUGGAUCACCUAUUAAUAUCUUGGCGCUAGCUGCCCCUGCAGGUAUCGCGCUAUAUUUUAUAGGAUACGAUGGUAAGGUCGUAUUUGCCGUGAACUUCAUAGCCAUUGUUCCGCUUGCUGCUAUGUUGAGCAACGCCACCGAAGAGAUUGCCAUGCGAACAGGAGAGGUUUUGGGUGGUCUUAUCAACGCGUCUUUCGGUAACGCUGUCGAGCUAAUCGUGGCUAUUAUCGCUCUUACGCAGAACAAGAUCAAGGUCGUGCAAACGUCGCUCGUUGGCAGUAUCCUGUCGAAUCUUCUCCUCGUCUUAGGGUUCUGCUUUUUCUGCGGAGGUAUAAAUCGCAAAGAGCAGUUCUUCAACACGACCGUUGCCCAGACCGCCGCCAGUCUGUUGGCCUUGGCUGUCGGAAGUCUUAUCGUACCCACAGUUUUUGCGCAUACCGACGACCUCAACUCUGGUUCCAUCAUACUCCCCACAGACGCAGUUCCUAGCCUGUCUCACGGCGUUGCGAUUAUCUUAUUGAUCGUAUACGCAUCCUACCUCUUCUUCCAGAUGAAGACCCACGUCACGAUGUUUAAUGAACAAAGCCAGAAAGUCGCAGGAAAGCCACUCUUUAAGAAGAGUCUACCCGAGAACGCUAUUGCAUCUGGAAUCGCCAGGGUGGGCGCUGGGGUCGCAAUGGACAUUCGUAGUGAGAACGGUGAAUCGAACAAGAUAAUGAAGGAUCCUGAGAUUGAAGAGGAAGAGGAGGAAGGACCUCAGCUGAGCUUUGCUGUCGCUUUUGCCACCCUCAUCGGUGCGACCGUGAUUAUUGCGCUCUGCGCAGAAGGAAUGGUUAAUGGUAUCGAGGCCAUUACCUCAACGGGCGCUGUCAGCGAAGAAUUUGUUGGUCUUAUUCUUCUUCCUAUCGUCGGAAACGCCUGCGAGCAUGCCACUGCUGUUACUGUCGCUAUCAAGGACAAGAUGGAUUUGGCCAUUGGUGUCGCUAUUGGUUCUUCCAUGCAGGUUGCUCUGCUUCUUAUCCCAUUGCUCGUUAUUAUCGGCUGGGGUAUGGGCAACCAAGACAUGACUCUAGCUUUCGACACAUUCCAGGUUAUCGUCCUCUUCGUCUCGGUUCUUCUGGUCAACUACCUGAUCGGUGAUGGAAAGAGUCAUUGGCUUGAAGGGCUUAUUUUGACGUGUCUAUACGCUAUCAUUGCUACUUGUGCAUGGUUCUACCCUACGAUCCCCGAAGGUGAAUCGGGUUGAAACAUGAACCCUGGACACCAUCGUUUAACGCUUCUUUCCUCCGAGAAUCUCCACAGCCAACUUUCGAUUCCUUUGUACAAAUCGAAAUGGAAUUACUCGAAUUCGAUAUCCAGACUGUAUAUACAAGACCGACCCUUUCACUUCUAUGGCGUUCUAGUCAUUCGAACACUUUAGACUCGAUACUUGACUACUAAUCUAGAAGGCUGAGUCGCCUCAACGCUGUACUACCAACCGAUUAUACCACGGGUAAUUCUUUUUUAAAGGGAGGCGGCG